AUGGAUGGGAAGCAUCAUGAUCAACAACUCGAAAACCAAAAAUCAUCAGAUAACAUGGCUGCUGGAAAAAGAAACAAAAAGAAGCCAAAUAUUCUGCUGGAAGUUUUCGGAGGUCAAAUGGGGGGAGAGCGAAAACCCGAUGAUAUUUCAGGCUCAUGCAGAUCUGCUGAUUCUGCAUCAGGGUUAUCAUUAUCAACUAAUGAUAUUCUGAAAAUGGCUAGAAAAACACUGAUUCAGAGAAGGAAUUUUGAUGUAGCUUCCAUUUUGUUUGGUGGCUCAUCUGAUAAUGAUGACCACCCUGAUUCUUCUUAUUGCUUGUCACCUGAAAUGUCCGAUGAUUUUGAACUCGCAAAGCUAUUCCAAGGUGCUGUUCUUUGGUACGAAAAGCGGGAUUUGGAGAAAACAAAAUGGUGGCUCAAUAUAUGUCAAAGCAAAGCUUCAGCUUCUGGUAAUGCACUUCAUAGGAUUGUAUCCUAUUUUUCAUCAGCCCUACAAGCAAAGAUCGCCCGAGAACUUGGAGAAAAUCCCGAGCCUGAUGCAUCACGAGAAGCGAAUCCUGUUAAGGAACUAGUUAAAAAACUUCAGCCUGAAUUGAUGAAGAGUUAUCAGUUGCUUCCUUUCUGUCAAAUCACUGAUUUCACAGCAAUCCAGGCUUUAGUGGAUAAUGUGGCAUCAGCUAGAAGGGUUCAUUUGGUUGAUUUAGGAAUCAAGAGUGCAUCACACUGGCCUGUCUUGAUGCAAGCUCUUGCUGCUAGGCAUGAUCCAGUUGAGCUUCUCAAGCUAACGGCUGUUGGAACCGCGGAAGAUAAUGAAACAGGAAGAAUGCUGUCAUGUUUUGCAGAAUCUAUGAACAUUCCCUUUGAGUUCAGACUGAUUGUAUCAGACCUGAAGGAUCUUAGGGAAGAUAUGUUUGAGUUGUCGGAUGAUGAAGUUGUUGCGGUUUACUCAGAGUUGCAUCUUGCGAGUUUACUCCCAAGGCUUGAUCAUUUAGUAUCUCUUCUGAGAACUAUUGAGAAUCUUAAUCCACUUGUGAUGGUAGUGAUUGAAAUUGAAGCAUAUACAGACACUCCAAUAUUUUUGGAGCGCUUUGAUGCAGCCCUAUCCGUUUGUGCUGCUGUUUUCGAUUGUCUUGAAGAUUGCGUGGCGCGUGAUAAUCCGUGUAGAGGUUUCAUAGAAGGAGGGUUCAUUUGGGAUGCAGUUCGGAAUGUGAUCAUCUGUGAAGGCGAAGAAAGGAUUACUCGCCACGAAAGGCUGGAUUUCUGGAGAGGUUUUCUGUCAAGAUUCGGCUUUGUGGAAGUCGCGCUGAGCGACAUUGCAUUUUGCCAGUUGAACAUGGUUGUGGAAAGCAAUCCUCUUUGGAAACCUAGUACUUGGGAAAGAAAUGGCCAAGGUAUCAUUGUUGGCUGGAAAAAAACCCCAAUCAAGUCUCUCUCAGUUUGGAAAUUCCUGCAUGAGUAA